CUCCGGUGCCGAUUCACCGCACAUCGCAUCGCACGCGGCAGUUGUGCGUCGUACGGACCUCUCUACGCUCGUCGCCGCCGGCCGAAAAUGUGUACCGCUUCAACAGUGUUUUGAAAUAUACAGUUUAACAGUGUUGGUGCUCCGAUAAAUCUAUAAACGCUUAUUUUUUUUACGCUAACGAUACUCGAACUGGACGAUGAUGGCUCCUGAGACAGUAGUUGUGGACCACAACAAACCAGCGCCGCAGCAGGCGCCGCCGCCGCAGCAGCAAGGCGGCGCGCUGGACUGGCUCAAAAUCAACGUAGACUACUUCAAAAGUCCGCCGGGAAUACUCAAAAUCGUAGAAUUGGUGUUAGGUAUCCUGUGUAUGGCGCUAGCGUCGCCGUGGUACUCGGCGUGGUUCGUGUUCGUGGCCGUCACCAGCUUCAUCACAACCCUCAUGUGGAGCUUCGUCUACCUGCUCAGCAUCAGGGAAGCCUUGAAGAUUCCCAUCAACUGGGUUUUAUCUGAGCUCAUCAGUACGGGGUUGGAGACGUUUCUGUACCUGAUCGCCUUCAUAGUGCUGUUCGCAUCCACGGCCGGCACUUACAGCAACCUCUACGGAGCGAACGUUGCUGCUGCUGUGUUCGGUCUAUUCAACACGGUGGCAUACGGCGCGAGCUCAUUCCUGCUGUUCAAAGAACACAAGAGUUCGACGGCAGGCGGCGGCGCCGCGUGAGCUGCUCAUCGAGGCCCUCGCCUGCGCACACGCACCGAACAACCUUACUCUUUAACCACAUGCAACACUCAGACCAUAUUCGUACAACAAUAGCCACCUUUAUAAUGAACGACUGUUUUUAUAACACCGAAUUUAUAUAUAGAUUUAUAUACCUAUUUAACAUAUUCUGGUACCUAUUUUUUAUAUAAGACAGCACUGCUUUACACAAAUAGUAGCUAGUAUUCAAGAAUUUUUAUAAGAGUAGGUAUUUUGAUAAAUGGCCAUAAGUUUUGUACGGUAAUGUAUGAAAUAAACGAUUAAAAUAUUCAAUAAUUUAUUAUAUCAUAUCAUUGUGUUCAGUGAUAUGAUAUAAUAAAUAAUUAAUUCAGAUAUAUUCAGUGUUGCAGAUAUAUCAUUACGAAUUAUAUUAAUUUAAUAACAGAUUAAGCUAGAAAGGAUCCAUUCUGACUUUAGGACUGUUUAUAUUAUUUGAGGUUUUACUUUUCGGUUCAUUGUUCAAGCUGGUAAACUGAUUUACCUGCGAUAUUUAUAUACAAAGUUUUCGAGGGACCUAAACACCCUAUAAUUAAAAUGAAUUAAAAUUGAUAUAUCACUUUUGGCACGUAUUUUAUUAUACUUAAUUAAGACUUAUCAUAUACACGUAAUAUCAUAAUUAUAGUUUAAUAUAAUGUGGUUGUUAAUGUUGCUAGACUAGUCUCUCAGACAAAACUGGACAGAAAAUACAUUUUUUACUAUUUAUAUUUAACAUUAAAUACAUAUUUGUGGCUAGGGAUAUUUGUAAAAUAUUUGAUACUUUUACAUUUCCGACAGUAAUGCGAUUAUUUGAUGAGAUAAACAAUUAUUUCUUAUGAUAAUUAACAUUCGUUUGGUUGUGAAUUACUUUCACGUUGACCCGUCUUUUUAUAAGUUGCAAGUUAUUAUAAUUGUCAUCUGCUAUAUUGUUUUAUGGUUUAGAUUGUUACGUUACAAUAUAUUCAGGUAAGGGGUGCGUAAUGUUUCAUAAUUAUCUUAAAGUAUUACUUUGUGUCCUGCCGCCUGUCCCACACAGACUUGAAUUUAGUCGCUACUCACCCCACAAGGAUUAUUGCUGUUGUUGUUAAAGUACUGAAAUAUUUAAGACGUGUUGAAUCGAAUGGUAAUUUAAUUGUAAGAAGGAAAUAUACAAUCAAUAGUUAAUUUAACUAAUUUGUAAAAAGUUAAUAAAUAUAUUUUAACAUAAAAUCAA